CCCCCACGCCAGAGGAAGAUGUCAAGCAGGAGAGGGAGAGGCAGUGAGAGUUGAGACUGGAAGAGAUCGCGCCCGCCAUUCCAUCUCUCAUAGCCCGGAAUCUCUCCCAUCGGACCUUCUUCAAUUCUCCUCCAUAUUUAUCCCUGCCGCCCUGCCCUACGUCCUGGCCUUCUUCUCCCCUUGGCUAAGUCUACAAACUAAGAACACGAACGUUAUAAGAGGAUCUUGGUGGGGACGGUGUGAGCUGGAAGGCGAAAGACCCGUAACACACAAGCCAACGCAAGACAAACUAAACCGAUCUUGCUCCUCCUCCUCCUUCUCCUCGUCCUCCUCGUCCUCGCAGCGACCGUGCAGCCCCCUGGAAGCCUUGUGAGGGCUGGUGAUGGCGCGGGCGUGGGUGUGGGCGUGGCGGUGCGUGUGGGGCGUGUCUCUUCUGUUUGUCUCUACGGUGGUCGCUCAGCUGGAUAAUGAAGAUUCGGUGCUGGCCGUGUAUAUGGAAUCCGUGUUGCUGGAGGGGACAAGAGGCACAACCCAGGAGGUGAUUGAGCAGGCGGUGAAGGCAGGAUCGGACGCCAUGUCAAAGGGGUCGGUGAGAAUGAGGAUGAUCGAAACCCUUAACGGAACGAUGGCGAAGGACGUGACGGCCGUACUCACCCUCGCCGCCUGUCACUCCACGCACAAAUGGGGGAAGGCGCUGGCGGACAUGGAAAAGCUGCAUAUUGCUGUGACUGGGUCUGGCUGUGGGAGGAUCGGCCGCGGCACCGCCAUCACCGUCCCUAUCACCAGCGGCUCGAACGACUUGGCGCAGGUGUUCAGGGACCUGCGGACGAGGCACACACUCACCUGGAACGACAUCACGGUGAUCCACGACGAUAUUUUAGAACAACUGGACCUGCAAAGCAUCAUCAACGUGCUGUCGGAGGAGACCACGGUGCACCCCGAGACAGCCAUCACUCUCGUUGACCUCUCCCAGCUUGGCUCCUCCAUGAAGCGGGAGAAGUUAUUUUCGGAGCUCAAGCAUCGCGCCGGAGAACCCAAACACAAGCAGUUCAUCGUCAUCACACACAAGAACGCCGUCAACGAUAUGCAGAGUCUGGCUCGGUCCAUGCACCUGAUGGGCCCCAAAAACCAGUGGCUGUUCGUUUUGCCGGACACACACUCGCUCGGCUACGACAUGUAUCCCUACCGCGACGUUAUGAUGGAUGGGGACAACGUUGCCUUCGUCUACAACAUGUCCGAGGCCACCCCCACCAGGGCCUGCAACAAUGGACCCGACUGCUACCUGAAGGUCUUAAUCUCCUCCUACACGUCCGCGGUAGCAACGGCGCUGACCCAGGAACACGAGAACUACAUGCAGGUGUCGGAGGAGGAGUGGGAGGAGGUCAAGCCAUCACCAGGUGCCCGGGCUAACAAGAUUAUUGGUCUUAUGAAGAAGUCCCUAAUGAGCAGCCAGCAGUGUUCGCGGUGCACACGGUGGGGUAUCCAAGCCGUCGAGAUAAAGGACGUAGACGAUUUCGAGCUCCUGGAUGUGGCCGAGUGGACUCCCCUGGGCGGCCUGAUGCUCUUCGAUGACCUGUUCCCGCACGUGACUGGCGGGUUCAGAGGCCGCACCAUUCCCGUCACUUCGGUCCAUUACCCGCCGUGGCAGAUCUUCGUCAGGGACCGGAACGGCAAGGUGGUGCGGGAGGAGGGUCUUAUGUUCGAGAUCCUUAAGCAGAUGGCGGCCAAGCUCAACUUCACGUACGUGGUGCGCCCCCCCCCUGAUAACCAAUGGGGGACCAUGAACAAAAAUGGUGAAUGGAAUGGGAUGAUGGGGAUGGUGAAGGAUAAGGAGGUGAUGCUCGGGGUGGGCGCCUUCACCGUUUCGAACAAGCGCAUGAAGGUCGUCAAUUUCACCGCCACCAUCGACCUGCAGCCCUACACCUUCAUGAUAGCCAGGCCGCAGGAGCUGUCCAGGGUGAUGCUGUUCAUGGAGCCCUUCGCCAACGACACCUGGAUCCUCAUUGCCAUCACGGUCGCAAUAAUGGGUCCGAUUCUGUUCCUGAUCAACCGAAACUCGCCCUAUUACAAGUACUAUGACCUCUACGACGGCAAGGGUCUCUUCAGGCUCGAGAACUGUUCCUGGUACGUCUACGGGGCCAUCCUACAGCAGGGCGGCACCAAGCUCCCUCUCAGCAACUCGGGGCGUCUGGUGGUGGGCUUCUGGUGGAUCUUCGUGCUCAUCGUCGUCACCACGUACUCGGGGAACCUCGUGGCCUUCCUCACUUUCCCUAAGAUCGAGAACCCCGUGAGCACCCUCAACGACCUGAUCAAAGCCAAGAACGUCAUGACUUGGGGCUACAUCGGGGGAACUAUACUGGAGGACUACUUCGCGGAGGCGGAGGGCAAGUUCCUGGACAUCGGCACCAGGGCUGAGGUACACGAUGACACUAGACGGCGAGACCUGUACAACCGCAUCCGCUACACCGACCACGCCCUCUUGGAGUGGAAGACCAACCUCCUCUUCAUCAUGCAAGACGAGUUCAUGGCUACUGACACCUGUGACUUCUCGCUAGGCCGCGAGGAGUUCUACUUUGAGAGCGUGGCCAUGGCGGUGCCCCGGGACAGCCCCUACAUUGACCGCUUCAACACGGAACUCAAGAAGAUGCAGGUAGGCGGGCUGAUACAGAAGUGGAAGCGAGACUACUGGCCCAAGAAGAACAAGUGCUCCACCACGGCCUACGGGGGAGGAGACGCCACCAGGACCGUCUCGCUCUCCGAUAUGCAGGGCUCCUUCUUCCUGCUGUUCCUCGGCUUCCUCCUCGCCGCCGUCAUCAUCGCUGGGGAGUGCAUUAUGCGGAGCUGCCUGGGGAAAAGCGAGCCCGGGUCACGCUCCAGCACGGGGACGCUGGUCAAACCAUUUAUGGCUUAGAGACCUCGAGUUCCUACAAAACAUGUUGACCUUCUCGCCUCACAACACUUCCCCGAACUCUCGCCCCGAUUCCACCUCUCGUCCGUCUCAUUUCAGGCCCUGGUCGUGGCUCCCCGCUCUCCGCCGCCAUAAGUUGUCCCUCUCCACCAUUCCCAGCAUUUCCCUGACCACCUCUCGCCCUGACACCGCCUUGCCACUUGAUCUUCACCCGGUGUCUUGGCGUUCGUCUCCUCGCCGCCCUAGUCUGUCCCUCCCGAAGUAUCCCAACCCUGAUUUACCGCAUUUCACCUCGAUUCCCGAUGCGGAGGAUUUCUUAUUGCCUCCGCAGACUAGCACGACCCAGCAACCCUUCCUCCCAUCACCCAGACGGUCCUUGCUAACCCCCAGCCAGCAUCACCAGAACCGUAGAUACCGCAGCCCCUUCCGCACCCAGUCCCACUCCCCGGCACGCCACCGCCUCUCCAUACCAGGUUAUACCAUCACAGAAAUCCAGCCUGCUAGUACCCCCACUACGCCCCCUUCGACGCCCAAGCACAGAGCUGAAUUUAUGGAUUGACAUGACAUUUUUUCACACUUGCAAACUCCCCUCUUUCUCUCCUCCCUAGUAACGACACGCCAAUUCCCACGUCUCUUAGCAAAAAUAAAAGGUCACACACGUAUACACACACAUAAUUUAGCCCUCAUUCCGAUCCAGUAAACUCCCCUCGACCCCAAGUUUUCUAGACUGAUGUUUGGUCCUCUUUCUUCUCCCCCAGUAACCACACCCCAGCUUUCUCUUCAAAUAUUGCACGCACAGACACACACACGUACACAUACACCACUGUUCAGCUCCCCAGUUCACUCUCCUCCCCAGUUAUGUAGAAUGAAAGACUGUCUUCUCUCCCUUCCCCAAUUCAGCUCCCCAGUAAUCGUACCCCAGCUUUCUCUCUCUCUCUUUCCCAACGUCGAGCACACACACAUACUCACCCCAGUUCACCACUCCACUCCCCAGACCCAAGAUUCGUGGUUUAUUACACUCCCUUCUCCUGUUCCCUCUCCCACCCCGAGUGACCACCACCAUCACCACCAGUGCCUGAGUCGGGUGGGCAGCUCAGCAUCGUGGCGUGGUGUGCUGACCGUGCUGACUGAUGCUGGUCCCGCCCGAUGUCACUGAUGAUUCGUGCUGCACCGACUUGCCGUGUCACCCCCCCCCCCCCUGCUUCACCCCCUGCCAGCCUGUGUACCCUGCCUUACGCCCCACCACAUGCUGCUGUUGUUCCCCCUUCACAUGUCCUCCCUGCUUAAAUUCCCUGCUAAUUCACCCUGCCUGCUUGCGUACCUGCUUAUUCACCCUGCUACAUGACAUACCAUUGUUGCCCGCCCCUAUACAUGUCCUCCCUGCUUGUCCCCUGCUUAAAUAAUAAUAAUUCACGUGCCUAUAUGCUAUUACUAUAUUGCUAUGUAUUUUCCCUGACACAUAUCCACCCUGCUUGUCCCCUGUCUCAUUCCCCUGCUUAUAAACCCUGCUUUGUAACCCUGCCAGCUUACGUACCCUGCUUUUCACCCUGUCACAUGCUAUUACUGUAUUGCUAUGUUGUUUUCCCCUGCACAUAUCCCCCCUUCCCUGCUAAAUUACCCUGAUAUGACACCCUGCCAGCUUACGUACCCUGCCACGUGCCACUACUGUGCUGUCAUGUUGCUUUCCCUUGCUAAUAUCCUACCUGCUUGUUCCCUCUAGUACCAUGCUUAAAAACCCUGCUUUGAUACCCUGCCAGCUUACGUACCCUGUUUAUUCACCCUGCCACAUGUCACUAUAAUAUGUCAUGCUAUUCUCCCUCACACCUAUCGUCCCUGUUAGUCCCCUGCCUCUAUUACAUGUUUAAACACCCUGCCAGCCCUGCCACAUAGCUCCACGAACCUCAAUCACCCUGCAGUCUCUCCUACACAUAUACACACCUUGCUUCGCCCCCUCAAUACCCUGCUCCCCUGUGCCAUGCUUACAUACGUACCCUGCUAAAACACCCUGCCACAUAGUUCCAAAUACAACAAACAGCGUAGUAUGUAUGAGCCACCCUGCUGCCACCCCUACACUAACUGAUUGCCUCCGCUUCUUAACACCCUGCUUAAGACCCUGCUAACCGUGCUUCAUACCCUGCCAUAGACCCUGCUAUAGACCCUGCUACGGAUUCACACACUCAUCUACACCACCUCAACCACAACCAUCGUAAGCAACCACCCUGCCCACUCUUACACCCUGUCACGCAUACACCCUGCCAAGUACAUACCCUGUCACAUACACGGGCAGCCACACACGCGCGCUACCACACCUCACCAUGUUGCUUGCCUGCACUAAAACAUUCCCUUUCUUUUCCCUUCUCUUGCUCACACUCACGCCGCUUCAACAAACAAACAAACAGACACGCACCAGUAGUAUAAUAAUAUGAAAAAUAAGUACACAAAUAAAUAUACCUUCUAAUAGUCAAUAUAUAAAAAGCAGCUGAUCUCUUAAGCUCCACCCACUAACGCCCUACUUUCCUUCCCUCCUCCUAUGUACUUUUAGCAUGUACAGUUCUUUUUUUAAGGCUGUGUAUUUACCCUUAACAACAUAACAGCCUGACGGACCUACACCGAUUCUAAUUAAUAUAUGUGUGGUUUUAAUGAAUCAAUUUUAGAAACAUGUAUUUUCUUUCUAACUCCUUUCAUCCUGUUUUUGUCGGUGUUGCUUUCUCAGUCAGUCAGUCAUUUAGUCAGUCAGUCAGUCAGUCAAUCUUUUCUCUGUACUUUCACAAACAGUUAAGCAGACCUGACGAACACUUUUGAAUUCAAUGUUAGUACACUUUUCAAAACGGCUGUUCCUAUCUGUUCAAUAUGUACUUAAUUGAGCAGCUAAUUCGGUCCUAUGUGUACUUUCUCAAACAGAUGAUGUUAUCCAGUCUGUUACAUGUGUACUUUGUCUAAAAAAAAUUAUCCGAUCAAUAUGUUAUACUUCCCUAAGCAGGUGAUGCUCUCCUAUAUAUACUUUCAAUAGACAGAUCAUUCAAUCCGCUAUUUUCUCUUUUAUUCAGCUGAUCAUAUCCACUCUAUUCUCUCUCUCUCUCUCUCUCUCUCUCUCUCUCUCUCUCUCUCUCUCUCUCUCUCUCUCUCUCUCUCUCUCUCUCUCUCUCUCUCUCUCUCUCUCUCUCUCUCUCUCUCUCUCUCUCUCUCUCUCUCUCUCUCUUUUUUUUUUUCUUUGAAAAACUAAUCCAAUCUUUAUGUAAUACUUUUUUGAACAGCCGAUUCUCUGCCAAUAUUAUUUUUUUCUCUGUGUGCUUUCUUUUUGCAGUCGAUGCUAUCCAUGUGUACCUUUUGAAACAGCUGUGUACUUACCAAGAGCUGCUUCAAGCCUCACUUAAGCCAUGCAAUAUAUAGGAAACAGUAGCUUAUAUCUGUACUGAUAGACGGGCAACAGUAGCCUACAACUUUAAUAUCGUAACUCACUCUACCCUCACAUCGAGACUCAGUAGCUUAUAGAUGUGCGGAUAUCUUAAUACAGGAAACACAGACCCGUAACUUUAAUAUUAUCGUAACUGUCACUGUACCUUCAAACGAGACUUGGUAACUUAUAACUAUACUAAUACCUUAAAACAAGAAACCCAUAACUUAAAUAUCAUCUGACACACAAGUAACACUAACUCUGAACUCUCACUCUACCUUCAUACAAGACCCAGUAGUUUAUAACUGUACUAAUAUCUUCAGACAGGAAACAUUAACUCAUAACUAUAAUCUAAUUUAAUAUCUUACAUCGCUAACUCGUAACUGGAGCUUUAAUGUAUGACUCAGUAGGUCUCUUAUUGCAUACCUGUAUCGAUAUUAACGUGUACUGUUUGCCUGUUUCGUUGUGUGUAUAGAAGCUGUAGAGUUUAUAUAAAGGAAUAUUUAUCGUAGACUUAAGUCGACACGCACACAGGAACCUUGCAAUAUAUAGAGAGGAUGCAAUAGCUCGUAAGUGUGAUGUAUAGAGGGUGCAAUAGGUCUUAAGUGUGGUAUCCUUUUAGAAAUAUAUAAAGUGAUGUUACUUAUAUAUGAUAGAGGACGGGUAAUGUGUUAAAGUGAGUCAAUAUACUUACUAAUACCAAUACUAAUACUAACACUGCUUUUACUACUACUUCUGUUAUUGAUACUACUACCACUACCCCUAAUACUGAUACAAAUACUUAUACUACUACUCCUUCUACUUCUACCACUACUACUAUAACUACUACUACUACUACUAUAACUACUAAUGCACUGUGCAAGGCAAUUCGAGUUAUAUAUUAAUAGGAAAUAUAUUCUACCUAGAGGGAAAACAUACAUUAUAUCUUGUUCUUUUAAGAGAGUUUGGUUUGUCCCUCAGCGCUCGGGGUAAAGGUGGACUUGGAGACACACGUUCAAUGUCUCUGGGAUAUGUUUACUACUUGUGUCCCUGUGUUAGUCUUGUGUUGCCGCUGUCGUACGAAGCUAUAAGUUCUGCUAAGUUGGCCGACCAGAGUAUGUUGGCCUUUUUAUUAUCACUGUUGCAAUAAUUAGUACUCAUAUCAGGGGGAAAAUCGCUCAGAAAACUGAACUGCAGCGUGAAAAUGAAGCAAAAUAGUCGAAAUAAGGAAAACAUCUCUCCUUUUGGGUUUUCAUUACUGGCUCGCAGCGCAAUUCUCUAGAGUACUUUUUUUCACUUGAUAACUAAAUGGAUUGAUGCGAAUGAACUGGUUAACACACCCCACCGUCUCUCCCAGUGCCGCCUUUCCCCCGUGCCCGCCCCCCGCUGCCUUGCCGGGGCCGGGACACUCGCUGGGUGACGGGUGUGUGUAGAUGGUCAAGUAUGGCCUUGCAUGCACCACGCUCAUGUAUCCGUCGAUGUGUGAAGGAAGUAUAUUGUGUAGCGAUAAGGACACACCUGCUCAACGCGGCUCUUUCAUUACGAAAUUACGUACUUCUCUGGUUUGCUUGUUUGGUACCAAUGACCUUUGCCUUCACUCACGCCGCCGCGACACUGAGGCGCCGGCUGGCGGCGUGGCGCCAUAUGUGGCGUUAGGCUGCGGCCUGCCGGGGCGGCAGGGCUCGGGGCCACCUUGACGCUCACCAGCAACUGUCAGGAGCCGCCAACAACAGCUGUGUAUGUGAUGGUGGGCGUUACAAGGGGCCGGACAGCCCUCAGCCCUUCCGCCCAGGGCCCUCAGACCCCCGUGGCGGCCUGACCAAACGCCCGUCGCCGCGGGGCACGCCUUCAGGACAACCCUCGCUCACCAACACACUAAAUUGUUCUCAGAAAAGACGCGAGGCAGCAGCACGCCAGCCACAGCCCCAGCGGCCGCCACCCACCAGCCAUCACGGUGCCUUGAUAUCGCUUUACCUUAGCUUAUCAGCCCUUGACGUGGCGGCGGCCGCCUCCUGACUGGGCUCAUACAGCAGAGGCCGCCGCCGCCGCCGCCGGGCCCGCCGCUGGUCGGCAUGAAGUACAACUCGCUGCGCGCCUCGCUGGGCUAAAUAUUUAACCUUCCGGAACCUUCGUGUUUGCCUGCAGACAAAAUGAAAUGUUACUCAGUAAUAAAAUAUAAGAUGUUUGGUGCUUCAUUUAACUUCCGCCUAUCAAAUGAAGGUAGUUUUAAGGUGCUUACGUAAAUGUACUCAUAAACGAUGACGGCCAUUUUUUU